UCUGGUGGCGCGCCUGAGAAGUACAUAGCCAAUCGUCAACACUGCCUGUGGCUGCUGCCAUUGGUUGUCGUUCGUCACGUGAUUAUUGUGAAGAUGGCGUCUCCAAAUGGAGGUGAUGAUUUUGAGACUUCUUUGCUGAGUAUUGAGAAGCUGGACCGAGCAUCACCAGACCUGUGGCCUGAGCAGUUGCCUGGAGUUGCUGAAUUUGCAGCGUCUUGUAAAAACCCUAUAAUUAGCUCCCCUCCCAAGUGGAUCGCAGAGCUGGAGAGCGAGGACAUUGAAAUGUUGCGAGAGUUGGGAAGUCUGACCACAGCCAACCUGAUGGAGAAGGUCAAAGGACUUCAGAAUCUUGCUUAUCAGCUGGGUUUAGAGGAGUCCAGGGAAAUGACCAGGGGCAAGUUUCUGAACAUCUUGGAAAGACCCAAAAAAUGAGUUGGUGUUUUUUUUAUUUUAUUUUU